AUGAAUCACCAAGUGUCUUCUCAAAUUGCCUCGCUUUCAGUGGAAGGCGCACUGCUGAAGUCCACGUCGUCAUCCUCAUCAUCUACUUCCGCAUCAAUUGAAUCAUGGUUUUCCUUCUCGUCCAGCCUGUGCUUCCCAGUUGAGCGCAUCUUCGUUUCGUUGUGCACAGUCGUGGCCACAUCAUGUCGAUCCACCGAGGGAUUUGGAGACAUAUUAAAGUCACCUCUCUUUAAUCUCAGGGCAGGAACCGUGUUGAGAGAAGACCGCUUGCUAGAAACAUUCGGGGAUGUGGGAGCCGUUGGCCAACCGCUAGCAGACGUAGGAGGCGUUUCCAAACCUGACUCUGCUGGGGAGUUACCAUAG